UUUACACCAGAGACGGUCAUAAGAACAGAAACACUACCACUGGAAAAUAAUUAUGAAGUCAUGGAAAGAUAUGUCUAUAAAAAACCUCUACCAAAUCCUUUUAUAAUUGAACAUUCACAAAAAAAUGAUCAUUACUGUGACAUUGAAGAAGAAGAAGUUAUUGAAGAAUACAAUGCGGUAGAAACAAUCAUUGAGCAUUAUGACAUUAUAUUCUUUGGUAACAAAGAAAGUGAUGGUUUUUUAAAGAUGCUUGGUGAAGAUAUAGUUGUACAAAUGCACAAUGAUAUCAACAGAGAAAUUGCAUAUACAAAUGAUGAAAAUGUCAAGUCAGUAUUGUGUAGUAUUGUUAAUCGUGAGAUAAAUGAGACUAAAACGAAUUUUGGAAAACAUUUGGCUGAUUUGUUUGAAAACCAUUUUACAUUGCAUUUUGUUAAUCAUAUGAAAAUUGAUACAAUCAUUACUUUGAGGGAGGAAGAUGAAGAGUUUUCAGUCAUUGAAGUAAAUUUCAAAAAUGCUAAAACUUUAAUCAAUCAGCUUGUAAAAAUUUGUCCAAGUUCUGACAUUAGAAUGGUUAGGUUAUACGGAAUGCAAUCAUAUUUAUAUGAAUUAAUUAUAUAUGAAUUCAAACUCAAUUAUUCUGAAAUUUACACUAUGGAAGAAAUAUUAAGAUUUCCAAUGCCUAAAACAUGGAAAGAUAUGUUUAAAGCACAUGAGACAGUGAUAGGCCUAUUAAAAUAUGAGUAUUUAAAAGAAUUGGAUUUAUGGGAUUAUUCAAAGAAAAAAGAAUUCAAAUCAAUUGUAUAUGAAAAUGAAGGAGAUUUAUUCCCUACUUAUACUGAACCACCAUCAGAUGAUAUAUGGUUUGAGGAAUAUGGUGUUAAAAAAGAUUCAGAAAGAGCACAUCAAAAUUUAACACCGAUGUCAUGUUGGCAAGCAAUAGUCCCAUCUAUAGAAAAUACAAAAUAUA